UUCUCUCCUACCGCAGAAAUUCCGAAUUUGCUUCUCGAGGCCCUCCGAUUUGCCCUAACCAGAUGUUUGAGCUUUGAUUCUUGAAGAAAUCUUCAUCUAAAAAUUCCUGUGAAAGUAUGGUCUCAGAAACAGUUCAAGUGAGUUGUGCAACCAAUGGGGAGGCGGAUAACAUUCAAUCCUGUAAAAAAAGACAUUUGGGUUCUGAUGAAACCACCAUAGCAUGUUGUUAUGAUAAAAUGGGCAAUGAUGAAGGGGAUCUUGGAAAGUCUAGCCGAGAAGUGACAGAUAAUUUAAAUUGUGGUGACACACAGCUGGAUGGUGUUCGUAAAAAGGCAAGGCUGUCAAAGGAAUUGACAUUGCAGGAUAUGUACAACAACCAAGAUGCAUUUGAUGAUGAUGAUGACGAUGAUGACAGCGAUUGGGAGCCUAUGCAAAAGCAUGUGGAGAUUAUGAAGUGGUUUUGCACCAACUGUACAAUGGUUAAUCUUGAUGAUGUUGUCCACUGUGAUAUAUGUGGGGAACAUAAAGAAUCUGGCAUCUUAAGGCAUGGAUUUUAUGCAUCGCCUUUUUCACAGGAGGCAGAUCUUAUUCAAGCAGAAUUGGAGUUGAAAGAAAUACAUAAAGAUCUGCACUCAGGAAGUUCAGCUUCAAACUCUUCCACUUUAGUAGGUUUUGAUGAGCGAAUGUUGCUUCACUCAGAGGUUGAGAUGAAGUCACAUCCGCAUCCAGAACGGCCAGAUCGUCUCCGAGCUAUUGCUGCUAGCCUUGCUACUGCAGGUAUAUUUCCUGGUAGGUGCCACCCAAUUUCUGCAAGAGAAAUUACCCCAGAAGAACUUCAAAUGGUCCACUGCUCAGAGCACAUUGAAGCUGUCAGACUUACUAGCCGGAUUUUUUCUAGUUACUUUACCCCUGACACGUAUGCCAAUGAGCAUUCAGCAUGUGCUGCAAGACUUGCUGCUGGUCUGUGUGCUGAUCUUGCCUCAGCGAUUUUUUCUGGACAUGCAAAAAAUGGUUUUGCUUUGGUCCGGCCUCCUGGCCAUCAUGCUGGUGUAAAACAGGCAAUGGGAUUUUGUCUCCACAAUAAUGCAGCAGUUGCUGCCUUAGCUGCUCAAGUUGCAGGGGCAAAGAAGGUCCUAAUUCUUGAUUGGGAUGUUCAUCAUGGGAAUGGUACCCAAGAGAUAUUUGAGCACAACAAAUCGGUAUUGUAUAUAUCCUUGCAUAGACAUGAAGGAGGAAAGUUCUACCCAGGUACUGGGUCUGCUGCUGAGGUUGGUAGUAAAGGUGCAGAAGGAUAUUGUGUCAAUAUUCCAUGGAGCCGUGGAGGAGUUGGUGAUAAUGAUUAUAUUUUUGCUUUUCAACAUGUUGUUCUUCCAAUAGCAUUAGAGUUUGCUCCUGACUUUACCAUCAUCUCGGCCGGAUUUGAUGCUGCUAGGGGUGAUCCUUUGGGAUGUUGUGAUGUGACUCCUGCUGGCUAUGCACAGAUGACACACAUGCUGAGCUGUCUCUCUGGUGGGAAGUUGCUUGUUGUUCUUGAGGGCGGCUAUAAUCUCCGUUCAAUAUCAUCUUCUGCUACUGCUGUGAUUAAGGUACUGCUGGGUGAAAACCCUGGAGAAGAAUUGGAAGAUGCCAUUCCAUCUAAAGUUGGCCUACUCACUGUUCUGCAAGUCUUGAAGAUUCAGAUGAACUUCUGGCCUACUUUGGCUUCUAGCUUGGAAAAAUUGCAGGCCAAAUGGGGAAUGUAUUCUAUCGAAAACAAAAGAAAACAUACUGAAAAGAGGCGGCAGUUCCUGCCACCACUUUGGUGGAAAUGUGGAAGAAAACGGUUGUUGUAUCAUUUUCUUAGAGGACAGGUUCCUGUAAAAUCAAAAGGGUUUUAGAAAAUUUUUGCCUAUUGAUAUGCUUUAAACUAAGAGCAUAGUAUCACCUGACCUGGGGUCGCAAAAGGGUGUAAGAAAUUUUGUUCUUAUUCACAUCCCUUUUGUCACGUAAUUCUGUGCAUCCUUGUACGCCUCCAGUGAUCUUCAACUACACUACGCCAUUUUCUCCAUUUGUAACGUUAUCUUUGUUUAGUUAGAAAAAAAGAAUUUGUCUUCCGUUUUAAUUUUUUUUGGUGUUAUGAUUUGUGAAGUUAAAGUAGCUAUGACUAGAAAGGAGAAAGGUACGAAAAUUAAGUAUUUGUAAUUAUGAGUUUAUUGUUUUGAUUUUGCCAUGUAAUAUGGAGCUUAAAGCAGAAGAUUAUCUAAAAUGUUGUGCUGCUACUGAAGUAAAGAUAGGUAAAAUGU